AUGGAGAUCCCAAAUAAGGUCGAGCAAAUGCCAAGCAGCGAGGGUCACACAGCCUCCGAGGCUAAGCUGGUAGCUAGCAGGUUGGGUUGGGCACUGACACCUAGGGAACUGGAAGAGGCGAUCGGUGUUGAGUUGUUGAGGACGGCAGCUGGCCGGUUGGCCUCGAGUGACAUUCGGGACGGUCGAGGAGCAGAUGAGGAGGAGAGGAAUGGCCAUGGAGAGAGCAUGGAGGAGCGGAGUUGA